AUGCAGCUGGUGGCCAGGCUGAUCGCUGUUCUGCUGCUGGUGUGGAGCAUGAGAGCAUCUGCCUUGCCCGGGGAGGAUAAGUUUUCUGUACAGAGCAGCAGGGUGAGUUGAAAAGGGACAGCUUUCCUUAAAAAUUCUAGGGUUUUGUGCAGAAGGCUUUUAAGGUUUCUGGUGCUUUAAAAGAUGGGCAAAGCUGCCUGGUGGAGGAGAGGAGACUGUGCACAAGAGGGAGGCUUUUGGAGGGGAUGGAAAGGGAAUGGGAGUACGAACAGAUGCAAAUAAUGGGGAGAUCUGAGGAAUAAAGAAAGUGAAAGGGGAGUAAGUUAAAUACCGAAGAAGGGUUUUUUCCAAGGUUACUGUCUUCUUUUCUUGAGUAAAUAAUACCAAACUCAAACUAAGGACUAGCAUCGGAAUGCAGAGAGAAUGAAAUAUUUUGCAGUGCAACCCCAGAGUCCUGCCUGGCUCAAUUAGCAGGACUUAUUCCCAGGUAAGUGGAGGCUGGAUAGCAGGCUAAGGGAAGGAAGGAGAGGAGAAGAAACAGAAAGAAGGAGAGGAAAGGAGAGUGGGUCCAUCAAAGCAAGAGAGAGGUGAGAAGGGCUUUUAGUUAAAUGCAUGCCUCUUGUUUAGAAAGGAUGUCAGCAGUGGCAAAACAGUCCUCUGGGGGGACGCUGCAGCUGAGUGGUAGAGCAUCUUCUUCGCAUGCCGGAGUUCCCAGGUGGAAUCUCUGGCAUUUCCAGGAAGGGCUGGGAAUAUCCCCUGCCUGAAACCCUGGAUAACUUCUGCCAGUCAGUGUAGACAAUACUGAGCUAGACAGACCAAAGGUCUGAUUCAAGAUAAGGCAGUGUUCUUCUAAUGACUACCGUUUGUUUUCUCCUUUUCCUGAUCGAAAUCCAACAGGUGUGGUUCCCCCCAAAAUUUUUUUAGAGAGGUGGGGACUACACCUGUUACAUUUCUCCCUGUGGUUAAAUGCACCACUGGGAAGUAUGGGGGCAGGAGGGGGUACGCAGUACAGUGCUAAACAUGUCGACUCGAAUGUCCUAUUGAAAUCAAUAGAGUUUGCUCUCAGGUGUUUGAGAUUGCAACCAUAAUUUACAAAGGCACAAAGGGCUAAAAUAAAAAUUGACUCACGUAUACUAAGGGUAAUUAGUGAUAUUAGCUUACUGUUGUGUGCCAGGGAAUGAGCUAAGCUCUUACUAUUUCCAAUUUUAAAUGCCUUUUUUCGCUGUCACGCUGCGCAAAUUAGCUCUGUCUCUUAUGAACUAGCAUCUUUAUUUGAUCAGGGAGAUUAAACUACUAGGCAGUGAAGCCUGCAUUCCAUUUCCCUUCCACCACACAUGCAUUCUUUGCUAAGCAUUAAGUCUAUGAAUCCUUAACAGCAGGGUGAAAUGCAGAAACCCCAUCUAUGUAGCUUCCUGGGGGCAUUGCCUGUGUCGAAUCCCUGUCUGCUGUGCUGUUCUGAAAUUUUAUUUAUGUUUAUAAAAAACCAUUUGCAUGUUUCUUCUCAAUCCGGAAAAGCAGCCCCCACAAAAGUGGCUCAAGAGAGGUGGGGGAAUGGAUAUAUUCUAUAGGAUAAAACCAGGAACAGGAUAAAACAAGCAAAACAUGAAUAUCAGACACAAACUUCAAAGGAAGCUAAAAGUGAGGGGGGGUGAAGUCUUGGGGAAGGGCUGUAGCUCAGUGGUUAGAGCAGAACUUUUCAAACUAGAUUAGCUGCUUUACAUGAAGAAGGGCCCCAGCAUUGAUCCCUGGCAUCACCAGGUAGGACUGGCCCCAUACCUGAAAUUGCUUGAGAGCUGCUGCCAGUCAGUGCAGACAAUACUGAGCUAGGCAGGCCAAGAAUCUCGCUUGGUAGAAGGCAGCACCCUAUGUUUCUGUGUCUUCAGAGAAGGGCCAUAGCUCAUGCUUUGCAUGCAGAAGGUCCCAGGUUAAACCUGUGGCAUCUCCAGGUAUAUCCUCUGCCUGGAGAGAUGCUGCCAGUCAGUGCAGGCAGUACUGAGCGAGAUGGACCAACAGUCUGAUGUAGUAUUUAUUGCAAAAGGCUGCAGUUCAAUGGCAGAGCACCUGCCUUGCAUUAAGAAGGUUUCAGAUUCUAUCCUGGCAUCUCCAGUUUUAAAAUAUCGGGUAGAAGGAGAAGUGAGCAUCCGGCUGAUGCCAAUUAUGAUAAUAUAUUUCAAUCCCACCUUCCUUCCAAGUAGCCAUACCUGGUUCGUCUCCCCACCCCAUUUCAUCCUCACAACAACCCUGUGAGGUGGGUUAGGCUGAGAGAAGACAGGUAACCUAGUGAGCUUCAUGGGCAAGUGGAGAUUCGAACCCAGUUUGCCCAGGUCCUAGUCCAGCACUCAAACCACUACACCACACUGGCUCUCAGCCUUUGUAUGACCUGGCUGACCUUUCUGAGAACUGGGUGCUAGACAGUGAUGGAUCUUUGGUCUGAUCCAGCAGCCAGACGCUUCUUACGUUCUCCAUGUUUUUUAUUUCCCACAGUGACUCUCUGUUUUUAAAACACCUUUACACUCUCCAGCAAGGGGGGAGGGACUCACUUUCCUGCUUUCUCUUUGCCCUCUGCCCUACUGCUUGCUUUGUGAUUGCAGGAGCAAACCAAAGCCCGAAAAGGUCUGAUCCUGAAAAUGCUGGCAGAUCUACUGGACGGGGUGGACAUGAGCCGUGAUGGGACGGCUUCCUCCGAUGCGGAAGACCUGUUCGAAAGCAACCUGGAGGAAGAGCCAUCUGUGUUGGGGAGGUUACCCCAGCUCACACAGAGGGAUCGCAAAGCCCCCUGUAAAAACUUCUUCUGGAAAACGUUCACUGCCUGCUAA